CCCCAGCCUCCCUUUCCUCUUCCUCCUCCCCCUCCUCCCACUCCUUGGCCUAGCCCACCGCCUUCUUGGCCUAGCCGCUGCCGGGGGGCUGGGAGGAGAUGCCCCUCGCCUUUAUGGGGGGACACCGAGGAGGAGGAGGAGGGUGAGCUAGAACCCACGGGGAGCCAGAGUCGUCGUCGGGUUCAUUGAUUGAUAGGGGCCCGGGGGUGGGAGGAAGGGUCGGGACCUCUUGCGAAACGUCCGAGGAGCCCCGAUGCUGGACAUCACCCCCCAGACCCUCCUGGAGUCUCCGGGCCGCGUCUGCCCCACCCUGCCCUCGCUGACCGAGGACGAAAUCUUUAGUAUCUGGGGGAGCGUGUCUGAAUUUGUGGAGCAUCAGCUGGGCAAGCAAAAGGGGGUCCGGAUUCCGGGAUUCGGAACCUUCACCCUACAGAGGCAGAAGAUCGAGCUGGGGAACAGAUUCCUCCUUCUGCAGAGGCCCGUGUUUAUCUUGUCGGAGAAGUUUGUCCAGAUCCACCGGCUCCAGCAGAGCAAGAUCCACUUGACGGGUGAAAUCCCCGUCGCGCCUCUGAACUUCUCCACCAUCUCCCUGGAGGGUCCCUUCCACCGGGACGUGGUGGAGGGCUGCGUGAGGGAGACCCUGCUCUUCUUCUCCCGCUCCGUCGCCACCAAGCAGAACGUGGAGUUCACCUUCAAGGGCAUCGGGGUCCUCGCCAUCCGAGGCGGCAAGGCGAAGAUGAAGUUUUACAAGGAAUUCCUCAGCGCCGUGGACGGGAGCGGGAACCUGAUGAAGGCCCUUUGCAACAGGCCCGGGACGGCCGACUCGGUGGUGUCCGGCAGAGACGGCCCCGGAGCGAGCCGGCCCGGCAGCAUCAUCACGUUUCCCAGGAUCGAGCUCAAGGAGUCAGAAGGGAAGCCGGCCACGGUGACCAUCACCGAGGAGAAUGAAGUGGGCGAGACGGACAAGAUGACGCCGCGAGAGCCGGCGGAUGAUGGAACGGAAGGCGAGAAAGAGAGCGCUUCCUCCAAGAAGUUGCAGGCCCGGCCGGCCAUGUCUCCUCCCAAGGUGCCACCUGGAAACCGGCCCGACGAGGCGGAGAAACCCAGCGCUGGAGAGAGGAGCAGUCCUGCGGAAAGUCCUCACAGAUCACCGUCGCCCGCGGCUCCCGAGGAGGAAACCGACAGCUCCCCGGCCAGAGCCAAAACCUCGGCAGUUCCAGUUUGCCAGGACCACCUCAGGGCGGGACAGGAAAUGUGCUACUUGUGCAUGCAGCGUGCCCAGAGGAACGUGCCCGUGUACCUGAGUGAGGAGAGGAAGAGGAAAGAUACGGAAGAGAUGCGGAUCCUGCAGCAGUACCAGGCCCUGAGGGACCAGGAAGCCCUGCACAAGCACCAGAUGCAGAGUCUGGCCAUCCGAGAGCAGAACCAGAAAAACGCCGCCUAUAACCUGGGCAUCGCAGAGGCCAUCCGGAGCCACAGGCAGGAGAAACCAGAAUUUCACAAGUCCUUCCUGUUCUCGCGGCGACCGCCCAGCGCCCCGCUGAACUCCCAGAGGCGGCAGGAGUACGCCCGCGACCUGCUGACGCAGCUGGAGGAGAAGAGGGAGAGGGACGCGAAGCAGAGGCAGAACAAGGCCAUCAUGGAGCACCUGGAACAAGCGCAGCUAGCCGAAGAACUCGCCGCCCAAAGAGCGAAGUAUCUGCGGGACAAAACGGAGGAAGCCCGGUGCUACCGGAGAGCCCUGCACGCCCAGAUAAAGAACCGUCCGGCUCCCCUGCCGCCCUGCGAGCCCAACUGCGCCCAGCCCAUCUUUGGGAAGUGGAGCCAGAGCGCCGAGCACGUGGCGGAAAUCCGGCAGAGGGAGCGGGAUUUCUACGAGCACCAGCUGCGGGCGGCCACGGAGUGCAAGAGGGCGGCCCUCCUGAGCCGGCUGCGGGACCGGCGCCGGGAGGUCGACAUGCUGCAGCGGAGCAAGAAUGAGUACCUGGCGGACAGGGAUGCCGAGCUGGAGCGGAUGCACCGGACCCACCUGGACCUGCAGGACCACUGGGGGAAGAGCGCCGAGAUGAAACGGCAGCACGACCGCGACGAGAGGGCCUUUGAACGCUCUACGGACGAGGUCUUUAUCCUGGACCAGUGCAAGAAAUAUCACCGCUGCUGCCGGUGCAAGAGGGGCCUGGGGAACUGCGGGAGCAGCAACCUGUGGCCGCUGACCAAACAGCUGCCGGGCUCCCGCCUGCUGGUUUAGAGAGGUCUGAGUCUACCCCGGGGGCGUCCCAGGGCCACCGAGGGAGGGUGGCGCCCGGCCGGGGGCUCCCCGCCGGUCCUCGUCUGCGGGCGGAUGGCUCUCCCUCUCUCCCAUUAAAAAGACAACGAAAAACACA